AUGACCAAUAACUUCUGUCAAUUAUAUGGAUCUGUGACAGACGAGGUGUCGUCCAGACAAGCAGUGAACAUGGAGAACAAGAAUAACAAGUACAAUAGACAAUUUGCAUUGACGAAACAGAAAAAUCUGGAUAAGGUGAGAGCUUUGACAGAUGCACAAUUGGGAAAAGUCAGAUCACAAGAAAGGUGGGUUAAAAAUAUAAGUGGAACAAAUAUCCCAGAUAGAGUUCUAAAAUUCUUGUCGCUGGGUCCUAAAUUCAGCAUUGACAUUCCUAUGAAAGAAAUCUCUAUUCCGAAACUUUUAUCUGAUGUUGAGAAUGUUAUCAACCUCAAUGACUCCUUAUCUCCUGAUGCCAAGAACAUAAAACGCGCCAUGGCCACCAACAUUAUAACUAAUAAUAUCAAACCUAAUAAAGUUGUCAGAAAUGUAAUACAGAGAGAAUUUUAUAAUUGUGCUUUCGAUGUUUGGAGCGAAGCCUCGGAUACCGCCCUCGGUGAGGAGUCUGCAGCGACGGGAAGACAGACAAAGGCUCUAGCAAAUGUCAGUGGAGCGAGUGGCACGACUUUGCGAAAAGGCACCACAAGGCCUUGCAGAUCAGGAAACGAUCAGGGUUCUAGCUUGGAUUUGCCUGACAGUCAUGUUACAGGAGAUCCCGCUCCAGCCCAAAGAAGAGAAAGGCAACGCUGGACACGUGAGAUGAACAAAUGUCUUAUCACCGCUUACUUUCAGGUUACCGAAGGAGAAAAGCACACCAAAAAAUACGCCGAAAAAGUGGCAGAACGAUGGAUGGAGAGCUACCCCGAUAAACAGUUCACGGGAAAACAUCUGAUAGCGCAGGUUAAAAAUAUAAAGAUGAGGAAGCUGCUGGCACCUGAAGAAAUUGAGCUUAUGAGAGCAGAAUCAGUAUUAAACUCCCCAGUUCGACGCAUCUACAACAUAAGGAGGAGUAUAGAACUCAGAAGAACGCUAACACGAACAGAAAUAGACUACGUCCAACAGAGUAAUGAAGAACAACCUAUCCAAGAUCAUCAACAUACCACUCUACUGGAGUCCGACGAAGCCACCGAAGGAAUUUUGUUGCUGUUCCAAGAAUACAGGUUAAAAUGGGAAGGAAUAACAAUGAAAGCAAGACCGAAGAUCACAAAAUUGCAACAAAUUACGAACACAAAAGUCACAAUGAGAGCUAUCAACGCUGCCCUGGAAGAAACUAUCACAACUUCGGAGAGUUUUGAACAUCUUUGCCAUUUAGUUUAUUGUGCAGCCAUGGUGGCUAAUACCAUCCACCAAACAAAAAGUAAGAAUAACGACAGCACAAACAGAACCCCACAAAGGCCCCCGUGGGAGGACCGAAUAAACACAAAAAUCAACACACUUAGAAAAGAAAUAGGAAUUCUCCACUCCUACCUGAAUAACAUAAAUCCCAGCAAUAGAGUCCAAAAAAAAGUACACUCCUAUGCCAAAAAGAUGAAACUCAAACAAAAAGACCCACAAUUCCACCUCAAACUGAAAACGCGUGCUGAGAUCCUGAAACAAAAAAUUGCAGCGUUGGGUAAUAGAUUAAAAAGAUAUAAUAAGAGGACACAGCGAUACCGUCAAAAUAACCUCUUCACUGGAAACCAAAAAGAGUUCUACAGGAGCCUCGAGGAAGAUCAGGGAAAUUUAGAUACAACUCCCCCGAAACCAGAAGACAUGAGGAAAUUCUGGUCUAAUAUAUGGUCAAAAGGGAAAGACCACAACACCGAGGCCACAUGGAUUAAAACUGAGAUGGAAGAACUACGUGAACUAGAGGAAAUGGCGCCAAUGCAAGUGACAGAGGAGGAUGUACGAGCAACUAUCGGCCGAAUGAAAAACUGGACCUCACCCGGCAUUGACGUGAUUCAAAAUUUCUGGUGGAAGACCCUCACGUCAACCCAUAAGGUGCUUGCGCAACUCAUUAGUAAAGCUCUUAUACACCCCGAUACUAUACCAGAGUAUUUUACACACGGCAUUACUCAUCUGGUGCCAAAGAAAGGAGACCUUAGACAGCCAGGUAAUUAUAGGCCUAUCACCUGCCUUCCCUCGGCAUACAAAAUUAUCACGUCAACUGUUGCCUUUAAGAUAAAUGAACACAUCAAAGCGAAUAACAUCAUGGCUUGGGAGCAGAAUGGAUGCAGAAGGAAGGGACGAGGAAGCAAGGAACUCUUGAUGAUCGACAAUAUGAUAACCAAACAAGCAAAGAAACGACUGAAGAACAUCUCGAUGGCGUGGAUCGAUUAUCAAAAAGCAUUUGACUCGGUCCCUCACACAUGGUUACUUGAAGUGCUGAAGAUUUAUAGAGUAAACCGACGGGUGAUAGCGUUGUUGGAGCAUCUUAUGAGAACCUGGCGCACUACCUUGAAAGUCCACAAUAAGUCAGCUACCUACGAAACAUCUGAAGUAGAGAUUAAGAGGGGUAUUUUCCAAGGAGACAGCCUGAGCCCAUUGUGGUUCUGUCUUGCCCUUAAUAUACUGAGUAAGAUACUCAAUAGAUCCACAUAUGGCUACUCCAUCAACCAGCAGAUCAGAAUCUCACAUUUAUUCUAUAUGGAUGAUCUGAAGCUAUAUGCUAGAGGCUGGGCACAGCUGGAAGGAUUGCUAGAGCUGGUCAGAAAAUACAGUGAAGAUAUCGCGAUGACUUUCGGACUGGAAAAGUGUGCGACGGUUAAUGUAAAAAGGGGAAAGAUGUCUAGAGGAGAGAACAUAAUCCUGUCUGAUGGACGAGAGAUGACUGGCCUAAGAUAUGAGGACCGAUACAAAUACCUGGGUGUCCAGCAGACCUUUGAGAUUAUGCAUCGAGAAAAUAAGGACAACACUAAGAACGAACUGCUUAAAAGAGUAAAGAAAGUGCUGAGAACCCAACUAUCGGCUAAAAAUAAGAUAAUGGCAAUUAACAGCUGGGCCAUACCAACAUUUACUUAUACAGCAGGAAUUCUCUCAUGGUCAAAGUCGGAGCUAGAACAACUCGAUAGAAGCAUCCGGACUUCGUUGACACAGCAUGGUGUAUUGCAUCCAAACUCGGCAGUGGAACGAUUAUACUUACCCCGAAAAGAGGGUGGUCGAGGAAUGACGAAGAUAGGAAGAGCGGCCCUGAAAGAGGCAGAGAAAAUUAACGACUACUUCCGAAAAAGUAACUUACCUGUUCAUCAGUGGGUAGCCUCAUGUGGCCGCGUCUCUGUCUCCGAAACAUCUAACGAGGAAGUACCUGAAAACGAAAACAACUUUGAAACACUCAGGCAAGCAUGA